AGGGCUUUUCAGUUUUUGUCUUCCGAAUCCACAGCCACCGCGAGUCGCAAGCCAAAGGUGUGGCGUGGACAGCCAUAGCAGCAAUCAUUGAGGUGCUGCACUAAUCUGAGGUGCAAUGAGAUUGGAGAAAUGCUGGUUUUGCUCGUCGACCGUAUACCCUGGACAUGGAAUCCAGUUUGUUCGUAAUGAUGCAAAGAUUUUUCGGUUUUGUAGAUCCAAAUGCCACAAGAACUUUAAAAUGAAGAGAAAUCCUCGUAAGGUAAAAUGGACCAAGGCAUAUCGACGAGUGCAUGGAAAGGAUAUGACACAGGAUUCGACCUUUGAGUUUGAGAGAAAGCGAAACAGGCCUGAAAGAUAUGACAGGAAUCUUGCGGAGAAUGUCCUCAAGGCCAUUCCUAAGAUUGAUAAGAUCAGAGUCACCAGGGAGGAGAGACACCAUAAGAAUAGGAUGAAAGGCAAAAAGGAGAAGCUGCAGAGGGAGGCAGUGAAGGAGUUGGAGCAGAGCAUCAGUUUGGUCAAAGCUCCUUCCGUGCUUCAACAGGAUCCAUCUCUCACUUUGCCAAAGAUCAAAGUCAAGGUUUCCCAAAAGCAAUCAGAGGAGAAUCAUGCCAUGGAAGAGUGAUUCUAUCGAUGUUGCACUUGAUUUUUACCGUUUUAAUAUUUGUGGUUAGAUUAGUUGCCCGGAAGGCCCAGUUUACCAUUUUUCUUGUGAUCAUUAAUGUGAAUGAUGUGAUUUUCGAACAAAAAUUUUGGGGAACAUUUGGUGUGUUUGUCCCUCAAACGAUGUUUCUCUGUGAUAGUUAACUAUUAUAAAGGAAAUCAGAAAGCUGCUAUAUACAAUCUUUGGGUUGGAA